AUGCCACCUGUCAGGAAAUCCCCCCAGUCGCCGACUAAACGAUCGCCGAAAAAGGUGCAGAAGCCGGAACCUCUCGAGCUCGACAUUAUCACUCCCCCCGUCCUCUAUCAAAGCGGUAUCACCAAUGACCUAUAUCAUCGCAUCAUGAUCAAGACGCUUGAGCACGCCUUGAGCAAGAACAUGGACUGGCACAAGAUGAGCCAGGAAAUCCUGGCCGACGAGGAGGCUUCGGGAAUUGUUAUGGACAAGUUGACGAAGUCUCCGAAGAAGGGGAGAGCCAAGGGCAAGGGCAGGGGAAAAGCUGAGGAUGUUGAUCCAGAGAAGAAGGGGAAGGAGUUGACGGGUACCGAAUUGCAUGAUCACUUUCAUAACACGAUCUUCCCAGGUCUUAAGUCUGGUGUUCCUAUCUGGCUAGGUGUCGUCGAGACCACUACUCCGACCGACGACGCCACUACCCCCUCCGGCGAGACCAGCACUCCGACCGACGACGCCACUACCCCCUCUGGCGAGACCAGCACUCCGACCGACGAGGCGAAGGACAGCCCGAUGAUGGACACCGUCGAAUUCACUCCCUAG